GGUGGCGACUUUGCGUAGUUUCACGCAUGCGAGUCUCCUUUUUCCUUGUGAUGCGCUGAAGUGUUCUGUUCUGGUACAGGUUGGGUAGUUAAAAAGAGACGCACCAUGUCGAAGAGCGUGAAGAAGCUCAAGUCGAUGAAGAAAGUGGUGGAGAAGGUGAUGCACACGACGCCUCUCAAGCUGUACGUGCCUGCGUGCAUGGCCAUGCCGGGUCCGCCGCUCGGACCUCAGCUCGGCCAGCGAGGUAUCAACAUUUCGCAUUUCUGCAAGGACUUCAACGAGAAGACCAAGGACAUCAAAGAAGGGUUGCCCAUUCCUUGCAAGAUCACGGUGAAGCCAGACCGCAGUUUUGACCUGGAGAUGUUGAACCCUCCCAUCACAUACUUUGUGAAGCAGGCAGCGGGAAUAGAUCGUGGAGCCAUGUGCCCGGGGAAGGAGACUGCAGGCUUAAUCACGCUGAAGCACGUCUAUGAGAUAGCGAAGAUCAAGAGCCAGGAUAGCAUCUAUGACUGCGUGCCACUGCAGGACAUUUGCAAGGACGUAAUGUUGCUUGCCUACAGGUGCGGUGUCAAGGUAGUGAAGAGCCUAACGGCGGAGGAAUACCGCGAGUUCCGUGAAGCUCGCGAACCUGUUGUCAAGGAGCAGCUUGCAGCCUUAGAAGAGAAGCGGCAGGCAAAGCUCCUGAGGACUGCAUCUUGAGUCUGUGUUUCCUGAGAACAUCAGCACAACUUACCUGAAGGGCUUCGUAGAAGUGCAUAGUUUACAAACUGCACGUUACGGUGUUUAGAAGAAACGUUUUUUUUUUUUUAGCUGUGGGGUGAAUGCAAAAUAAAGAACUGUUACCCGA